AUGCUGGCGCAGCGCAUCGUACUGGUCGCAGCCUGCGUCGUCGUCGCCGGCUGGGCCAACUUGGCAGCCGCAGCUCCGGACCACGCGCCGACCUACUUCGAUCCCGCACACGAAGCCCCAGCAGAGAGCCUCCGAUCGGCAGAGCUGAGGCCGCCGCCGCCAGCGUCCGACGUCUACGGCCACCUCGGAGGGGACCAUUUCGAUCAUGCGCAGGUGCAGCAGCAGCGACUGGCCCACCUGCGCCGCCGCCAGGCCGUCCAGGGUCCCCAAGACUCAUCGUCCAAUCCCCACGACAAGCUCCAGAUGCUCGGCUUCAUCGGCAGUGCAUACAACCUUCCGCUCAACGUGUCUUCCAAUCCGGCGCAGCGCGUCUUUGUUCAGCUCGAUACGGGAUCCAGCGACCUCUGGAUCGUCUCUGCGGGCUGCCAGUCGCAGCAGUGCCGCAGCGGCGAAGUCCUCAAGUUCGACGAGGGCCGCAGCUUGUCCUACCGUCCGCUCAAUCUAAGCCUCGUCGAAGGGCAAAGCGUCAACGUAUCGAGCAGCCGUGGCGACGUCGGUGGCUCGUCGUCGUCAUCGUCUCGCGGCCAGGACGGCCAGCUGUAUGACGGCACGGGCGGUCGACGCAUCGCGUACGCCAAGAGGCAGGCGGCAGCGAGCGCAUCGAGGCAGGUGCCGUUCCGCAUCGCCUACGACGACGGCACCGCCGCCUCGGGCCUCAUCGCCUCGGAAAACUUCACCAUCAGCGACCUCGGCGUCACCGACCAGCUCUUUGCCCUGGUCAACCGUACCAAUGUCACGCUCACCGAGCAGGGCAUAUCGGGCGUGAUGGGCUUCGGCUUCCCGCGGGGCAGCGUGAUUGCGCGCAGCCUGGCCGCCUUUGACGACCAGCUCGGUCCUGCCAAGGACAGCCCACUCGCCUUCUCGCUGCUGCAGGGCAGCGAUCUGUCCUACCCGCUGUUUGGUAUCUCGCUCGCCCGCGAUGGCGGCCGCAUCACGUUUGGCGCCGUCGACCCGAGGGUGCUGCCGCAGCCCGCGGACCGCGCUCAGAUCGAGUGGCACGAUGUCGUCCCCUUUCCCUCGGGCAACACGGCCCUGCCCGCCAGCAGCAGCUACAACUUCGACGAGCAGGCGCUGGGAGCCUACGUCUCGUGGACUCUGCGCCUGACGGAUGCGGGCGCGGCAGGGCAGAGCGCGCAGCUGAAGCCGACAUUCCCCGCCGUCGGCGCCGACCCCUUGGCCCUGCUCGACACGGGCACGUCGUCGAUCGUCGGUCCGCCCGCCGGGGUCGAGGCCAUCUUCCGGCACAUCACCAAUGCCCGCCACGUCGGCGGGGGUCGCUUCGUGGUGCCGUGCGACACGCGCGAUCGGAUGCACUUUUCCUUUGGUGGCCGCAACAUCACGCUGCUGCCGGACGACUACAUCAUCGGGCCAGCGAGCAGCCAGCCGCAGCUGUGCUUUGCCUGGCCUGCGGCCGUCGAGCCGGGCACCGACGGCGUCGACUGGGUGCUUGGCACGCCGUUCCUGCGAGCCGUCUACUCGGUCUAUAGCAUCGGUCUCAACGGCAAGGAGCCGCCCAAGAUUGGACUCUACCCGCUGCGCCAGCCUGCCGACGCCACGGAUCCGGCGACGAUCUUUGCGCCCGAGCCCGAAGAGAGCGUCAGCGCCUUCCUGCGCGAGCACGCGACGACGGUGGCGUCGGUGCUGCCCAACUCGCUCGUGAGCGUGCCCGUCGCCACUUCGGCGACGUACGCGUUCGUCAACGCCUCCGCGACGGCAUCGAUCGGCGUCGCUCCGACCUCGGCCGGGGGACCCUCGACAUACAGCCCGCUUCUGACGGCGCAGAGCGGCAUCUCGGGCGUGCCGGCGAUAUCGAGCAAGUCGACGCCGCUGCCCAUCCCGUCGAAUCCGGCGACGACGGGCGAUGCCAACGGCGCGCUGCCGGCACCGGCCGGCCUGGCAGCGCUGCUGGCGACGGUGGCAGCGGCGGCCAGCUUCGCCUCUCUGUUGCUAUGA